AUGUUUGAAGCAGCUGCUACUACCGGUGCCAGCAUCUUCAUCUUAGCCUGUGUGGGCAUCGGGUACACAAAGUACUACAAGUGGAACGUCCUCGAGAAGAUGGAAAAUGCCUUCAGGGAAGGCGAUCCCGUUCUGGACCUCGCCGCGAGUGGAAAAGAAGUGCCCCGAGAGACUACCCGACAUGAAUUGACCCAUAGCCCUGCCGACGAAGAAGACGGUGAGCGAUGGAUUACACGUGAUGAGCAAGAGAAGAUUGAUCAAAUCGUCAAAGGCCAGCUCAAAGGGCGCUAUCAUUUGUUGUUAGGCGAGAAAGGGACCGGCAAGAGCUCCAUGCUCAUCGAUGCGAUGGCAAAAAUCAAUGGUGAAGGCUGCUCUAUGAUGGAGGCUCACGCUGAUCUCGAAGUAUUCCGUGUCCGCCUCGGUCGCUGCUUGGAUUUUGAAUAUCACGAGGACAACAUUGGAUCACUCUUCUCGAUACGUGGACCACGUGACGCUGGUGCAAUUUUGGACAUUGAGCGCGCCUUCAACAAGCUGGAGAAGGUGGCACUCAGACGAAGACAAAAGAUCGGACGACCACUCAUUCUCAUCAUCAACCAGGCUCAUCUCAUUCGAGACGACGAAGAUGGGCGCGACCUGAUUGAACUCAUCCAGCAACGUGCGGAACAAUGGGCAGCCUCUAAUCUAGCCACCAUCAUCAUCAAUUCCGACAAGUACUGGGUCUUUGAACGCCUGAAGCACCACGCGACACGCAUGGAAGUGCACCAGAUUAAAGACCUCAAGAAAGAACCCGCCAUGCAAGCACUCCGCAACUACCGCAUGAAGUACUGGAAAGAAAAGCCAAGCAACUCCAUUCUCGAAGAAGUGUACGACAAGAUAGGAGGCCGUCUGACAUUCCUCAAUCGCGUCGCCAAAUCCGAAGACAUGCUGCAAAAAUGCGACCAUAUCUGCGACAUGGAGAAGAUCUGGUUCCUCAACAACUGCGCAAUCCUCGGCGAGGAAAUGGACGACGACGUCAUGGACCAGCAGAAAUAUGCUUCCACAGCCAUGGUCCUCGCCAACGCGCUCUACAAAGCCUCCCUCGAAAUGGAGGCAACCUACGACCCCUCCACCGGCCACAUCCUGCCCGAAAUCCCCCUGCACCGCGCGCGCUUCAUCAUGACGCGCUCCGACUUCAUCCGCCAGCACCACGACCUGUCCAUCUUCAGCAUCGACUCGCACGCCAUGGUGCGCGCCGACAGCGUGCCCAUGCAGCGCGCCUUCAACGAAUUGUGCUCCGAGCCGGGCUUUGAAGACUUCCUCGAGGCGACGCUCGAGCGCAUUGGCGAUAUUGAGAGCUUGGGGCGCACGAAGGAAUUGACGUUUAAGGAUUUGUGGGAGGGAGGCAAGUAUCGGCUUACGAGGCGGGAUGGGAAGGGGAAGAUUGAGGGGAGUGUGGAGAUGGAGACGGUGGAGAAGAAGGAGGACGAGAACGGGGAUGGGAAGGAGGAUGAUUGA